GUUGCACAAGUGGCACCACCCAAGUGGAGGAAACGAUUGACACUAUGGUUUCUGAGGAUGAGAUAAUUCUCCUCCAAAAAUAAACAACCAAAAACCAACACACUUCACUCACUCAAAGCCUCUCAUAGUUCAAUCUAGUCUUGUCCUUAUUGAAACUUUUAAGAUUACCAAAAGAGAGAAACAGAGAGAUUGAGAAGAAGUCAUGGCUAGCAGCAGCAUGGCAUCAGCAGCUACUGGUUUUGUGCUGUCACUUAAUGUUGUUGCAUCCAACACAAACUCAUCAGCACUUUCUAGGAGUACCAUGUUGAUGUUCCCUAUAAAGUCCAACACUAUUGCUACUUCUAGACUUGUUGUCAGGGCCUCCGAUGACGCUGCACCCGCUACCGCCACUCCUCCGGCCGAUGCUGAAGUAGCUGCCAAACCCAAGCCACCUCCAAUUGGUCCCAAGAGAGGUGCUAAGGUGAAGAUUCUUAGGAAAGAAUCCUACUGGUACAAAGGCACUGGUUCUGUUGUUGCUGUUGAUCAAGACCCCAAGACUCGCUACCCUGUCGUGGUUCGAUUCAACAAAGUGAACUACGCGAAUGUAUCGACAAAUAACUAUGCUUUGGAUGAGAUUGAAGAAGUGUAAUGAGACCAAUUUAUUUGUAAUUCAAACUCUUGUCAUGCUAUUGCAUUUACUAGCCUAAGGUUUUUUCAUGUCAUAAAAAAAAUCUGUAUCAUAUUCUCUCUGCUAUCUAUCUAUCUAUCCUUUGAUCUCUAGAAGCUACA